AUGGAGAACAGGAAGGAGCUUCACAUAGUUGUGUUCCCGUGGCUUGCAUUUGGUCACAUGAUCCCAUUUCUAGAGCUCUCAAAACACUUGGCUAUAAAAAGACACCACAUCUCUUACGUCUCUGCUCCACGGAAUCUUGAGCGCCUCCUCUCAAAGAUUCCUCAGAACUUGAUCCCCUUCAUUGAGCUAGUCCCUGUCCCACUGCCUCGAGUUGGAAAGCUACCCCCAAAUGCUGAGGCCACCUCAGACGUGCCGUUUGAUGAUGUAGAGCUACUCAAGAAGACCUAUGAUGGUCUAAAGGAACCCUUGGCACGGUUUCUAGAAGCUUCUUCUCCAAUUGACUGGAUAAUCUAUGACUAUCCCAGUUACUGGCUACCUCCAAUUGCUGAUAGAUUAGGUAUCCAGAAAGUAUUCCUUUCUUUGAUGAAUGGCUGGAGCUCUGCCACCUUUGGUCCAUCAUCAAAAAUGAUCAAGGAUGGGGAUGGCACAUGGAGUAACCCUGAAAACCUGACUAGUCCACUGGAGUGGGUCCCAUUCAAUAACAACAUCGUCUACCGCUUCCAUGAAGCAAAGAAUAGCCUUGGGGCUGCACAAACAAAUGCUUCUGGUGUUUCAGAUAUGUUCCGAAGUGGAUCUUCAGUUCGUGACUGUGAUAUAUUUGCCAUACGCAGCUGUAGGGAGCUUGAAGCCGAAUACUUGCAACUUCUAGAAGAGCUGCACGGAAAGCCUGUGGUUCCUGUAGGCUUGAUGCCAGUCUCGGUAGAAGAGGGACAAAGGGCCAAGGAUGACACCUGGCAGUCAAUGAAGGGUUGGCUGGAUGAGCACACAAAAAAUUCAGUAGUUUAUGUAUCUCUAGGAAGUGAAUUUGCUCUUAGUCAAGAUGAAAUCACCGAGUUGGCACUUGGGUUGGAGCUGUCCAUGCUGCCCUUCUUCUGGGCACUACGAAAACAAGCAGGUACACAACCAGAACUUCCAGAUGGGUUUGAGGAGCGAACCAGAGGUCGAGGUUUGGUUUGGACAAAUUGGGCACCUCAAACCCAAUUACUGGCACAUGACUCCGUGGGGGCUUUCUUGACUCACUGUGGCUGGAGUUCUAUAAUAGAGGGGCUUCAGUUUGGAAGACCACUAGUUAUGCUACCAUUUGUUUUGGACCAAGGGUUAAAUGCAAGAGUUAUGGAACAGAAGAAAGUGGGGAUAGAAAUACCAAGAAACAAUAGAGAUGGAUCAUUCAAUAAAAUUUCAGUAGCACAAUCACUGAAGGUGGUCUGUGGGGACAUACAUGGUACGAUCUACAGAGAUGAGGCGAAGAAAAUGAGUAGAAUGGUUGCUGAUAAGAACUUGCACAACCAAUACAUGGAAGAAUUCGAGGCGUACCUUCACAACAAAAGGCCCAAACCUGAGGCCUAGUGUUAUUAUUUGGUUAGAAAAUGGUACCAGAGUUUGAAUCUAGUCAAAAGCAAUUUUUGUUUGAGGGGUCAUCUUUUCUUUAGGAAUCUAUUGUGGUAGUUCGCGUCGUCCUUAGUUGCAUCCUCCAAAUUAGCUAGCAACCAAUAAAGUUCAGACUUGCAGAAACAAAA